AUGAAGGUGGAGAGAAAGACCUCCUCUACAGGCGACAGUUUUACUGACAUUCCUACGCUACUGACGCUCUUCGGCCUCCUCCUCCAUCUCUUCACAGGUGAGGUGUCAGGGGUGAAUGUGACCAGCCAAACCCAGGUGGUGAGGGGCACGGUGGGCAGAGAGGCCCUCUUGUCAGUCAGCUACUCCAGCAGCAGCUUGGACAAGCCUGUGAUUAAGUGGCAGCUAAAGAGGGACAAAGAGAAACCUAUCACUGUUGUGCAGUCCAUAGGAACAGACAUCAUAGGUAACCUGAGGCCGGAGUACCGCAACCGUAUCCUGGUGUUUGAGAAUGGGUCGCUGCUGCUUCAUAACCUGCAGCUGUCAGACGAAGGGGCUUACGAGGUUGAGAUCUCCAUCACAGAUGACACCUUCACUGGAGAGCGCUACAUUGAGCUCACUGUGGAUGUCUCCGUGUCCAAACCUUACAUCCAGAUGAUGGCCUCGUCUGUCCUGGAGUACAGUGAGCACUUUAACCUCCACUGUUCCCACGACAACGGCACAAAGCCCAUCUAUGGUUGGCUGAAGGGUGGCAAGGUGCUGACCAAUGACACACGCCUGCAGCUUUCACAUGACCAAAAGGUGCUGACCAUCUCACGCGUUGUGAUGUCAGACGAUGACAUUUACGCCUGCACAGUGGAGAACCUCAUCAGCAGCAUGAAGAGCAUGCCUGUCAGGCUCACUGUCUACAGACGGAGCUCGCUAUACAUCAUCCUGUCCACCGGGGGCAUAUUCCUCCUAAUCACCCUGGUGACAGUGUGCGCUUGUUGGAAACCAUCCAAAAAGAAUCACCGACCUGUCCCCCAAAGAGCUCCCAUCUACGUGGAGCAGACUGAAAAUGGCCAUGAUGUUGAUGUUGUUCCCAAACCAACUACACUUGGUCGAAGGAGUCCCAUGCCUCUCUAUGUUCUCAACGAAGAUGAGUGUCUGGAGCAUUUGGAAGAAUGUACCGGCAAUGCUGCCGUCCAAUCAGAAAUGAGUAUCCCUGCGUUGUAUGCUCCAGUCCUUCCUAGUCCUUCCUCCUCCAUUAGGACUGAGCGGCCCGUCUGGUCUGCCCCACGCAGAUACCCCCGCAGCCCCUCCCCACUGGCAAAGCCUCUCCCACAACCCCUUCCAGGUCCUCCCCUACGCCCCGUCCGCUCACCUGCUCACUCCCCUGGUUCAUCUCCACGAAGUUUCAGCCCGAUAAAAAAAGGCCGUCCACCAGUAGGCAUCCCAAGCAGCCACUUGCCUGUAGAGGCCGAGUGUCCAGACCCUUUGGAUCAGACUCACUUUCCAUCACAGCAGUGA